GAUAGGUAGGAGGAGGGCCAAUAAAACAAACCUGCAGAGGGGAUUCAGUUUUCCUGUUUUAAAGUUUUAACAGAGAGGACAUGAGGGAAUACGGCUGGAAAGGUUUCAAGGAUUUAAUUCUGAGGAAUCCUGCCGUCGUUGAUCAGCAGGAUCCACAUGUAGAUCCUGGGGAUGAAAAUGCUGAGCGUGGAAACUGGUCAAGCAAGAGGGAUUACAUCCUCUCCAUGAUCGGCUAUGCUGUUGGACUGGGGAAUAUUUGGAGGUUUCCAUACCUGGCCUACAAGAAUGGCGGGGGAGCCUUUCUUAUCCCGUACUUCACAAUGCUAGUGGUGACUGGGAUUCCUCUGUUCUACCUUGAAAGCGCCUUUGGUCAGUUCUGCAGCCAGGGUCCGAUCAAUGUUUGGAGAGCGUUGCCGAUCCUGCAGGGUGUUGGCAUAGGGAUGGUGAUAGUGACCCUCAUAGUCUCCAUUUACUACAAUGUCAUCAUUGCCUACAGCCUGUACUACAUGUUUGCCUCCAUGCAGUCGGCUCUUCCCUGGUCCAGCUGCCCCAACAGGACGGACAACACCUGCAGUGACACACCUAUAGUACAUUGUAACAUUAGUGGUGUUUUGGUGGCCAACUGGACCCAAGAAAACAACACUUGUGAUUCAUCCAACAUAAUCACAACGGUGGUCCAGAGCCCAAGCGAAUACUACUGGGACAAUGUGGCUCUGCAGAGAUCCAGCGGCAUGGAUGAAACAGGACCGGUGGUUUGGCAUCUUGCUCUCUGUCUGCUGUUAAGCUCCAUCCUUGUAGCUGCAGCUCUGAUCAAAGGCAUCAAGUCAUCAGGAAAAGUUGUAUAUUUCACAGCUACGUUUCCUUAUGUGGUGAUUUUGAUCCUGCUGAUCAGAGGUGUGACACUAGAGGGCGCCAAAGAUGGGAUAGAGUUCUACAUUGGCAGCCAGUCCAAUCUCUCAAAGCUGUCUGAUGCUCAGGUGUGGAAAGACGCUGCAACCCAGACCUUCUACUCCCUCUCUAUCGGCUGGGGAGGACUCAUGACUCUGGCCUCCUAUAACAACUUCCACAACAAUGUGUUCAAAGACUCCUUUGUUGUGACAGUUACUAAUGCUGGGACCAGUGUGUUUGCUGGCUUUGCAAUAUUCUCCAUACUGGGUCAUAUGGCUCACGUCUACAAAAUACCAGUGGAGGAACUGGUGAAGGAAGGAUUUGGUCUGGCCUUUAUUGCAUAUCCACAAGCUCUCUCAAAGAUUCCCGUUUCCCAACUCUGGUCCAUUUUGUUCUUCUUCAUGCUUCUGACUGUUGGUCUGGACUCUCAGUUUGCAGGAAUAGAGGUUUUAACCACCUGCCUGCUGGAUGCUUUCCCCAAAACAUUUAAAUCUAAGCGGGCCUUACUGACGAUAACGAUUUGUUCUGUCCUCUACCUUCUGGGCUUACCCUGCGUCACAAAAGCUGGAAUAUACUGGGUGACGCUCAUUGACCAGUUUGUGGCCAGCUGGGUGCUGCUAAUUCUGGUUCUCUUAGAGAUAAUCGGAAUCGCCUACAUAUACGGUGGGAACCGGUUUAUCAAAGACAUUGAGAUGAUGCUUGGAAAAAAAUCCUUCGGUUUCUGGCUGUGGUGGAGGGCAUGUUGGUUUUUCAUCAGCCCCUGCAUCAUACUGGUCAUCUUGGGAUGGUCUGUGGCCACCUUUGAACACCCAAAGUAUGGAAAUGUAGAGUACCCGUCAUGGGGCUUGGCUCUUGGAUGGUGCAUGGUUGUUUUCGUUCUGAUCUGGAUCCCUGUUGUUGCCGUUUAUAAGCUGAUAACAGCUACAGGAAAUCCCUGGAAGCGUCUGAAAUCGCUGUGCUCCCCAUCCGAGGAGUGGCAUCCCUACCUGGAAAUCCAUCGAGGAGAGCGCUACUCCAAAGAGCGAUGCAUCCAUAAGAAGGGUGCUAAAAGAGGCCCUGAGGUUAAUGUGAUCUCCAGCUCAUGGCUUUAAUGAGUCUGUUAAUCUGUUUACCUGUUGAUCUCUUGGUCUAAAUUCUUUGACAAUCUAUCGAAAUCAUUUUAACAACUUUUAUUUAGGAAAACAUAGAUCUCUAACAUGUUAUUAACUUUAAUUUGAAGGCAUAGGGGGGAGUUUUAAGGUAUGUUCACACUGAAAGCCAAUUUUGCACCUGGAGUGAAGGAUUCCCUGGUUAUCUCUAGCCUGACGUAGUCCGACUCAAUUCUAGGCAGAAUAUGAGUCUGAUACUGCUCCAUAGAGCUGUGAUUAUGGGGCGUGUUUUGAACGAACCAGGAAAAAAAAUGCCUCUGUACUCAAUUGGA